UCAGCAUCCAUCGAUCAGCUGAUAAACCACAACAUCCACAGAGAAGCUGUUGUUGUGGGUUGGAAUUUGCUGCGUUUGUUCUGCGUCGCUUUCAAAAUUCACCCGUUGCCCUGAAUAUAGCCUCAAAAUACUUACAAGAGGAGAGAAUAAUGUAGGUAGUUUUUUUUUUUCAAAAAAAUAAGUUCUGACCAAUCUGUCAGACUGGUGUUCUUCUGGUCUGGGGACCAGAGGAAAUUCAAACGUUUCUCGAAACUACCUAAAUCCUCUGUCUCCAAUAACCAAAGUUGAGACUGUAAGUACAGUGGAUGAAAUGAUCGCUGCUGGGUCUCUGGAAGGUACCAUUACUAUCUUCCAGCUUCCACGAGUACCUAGCAGACCAGCAUCUACAUCAUCAGAUCCACGUGACUUUCGAGGCAUGAUUGUGCCUGAACCUGUCAUAAAGCGUUUCACUGUUGGGAACUGUCACCGCUCAAGAAUAACAAGUUUGACUUGGAGUCGUAAUGGAAUGUUACUUUUCUGUGGGGAUGCCCAAGGGAUAGUUUCUCAAAUAGACAUUAAUUACCAAACAAUGGAAUGCACACCCAAGGAACUGCUGAAGGAGAGUAAUACCAUCAUACAGCUGUCUUACACCAAUAAGCUUCUGGCUAUUGCCACUUUGGAACGAACAGUAAUAUAUAAUCUGAGUGACUGUUCAUUACGACAGGUUGGCAAGAAACCGCGUAAGCAGGGAAUGUUUGGAUGUCUGUGGUCACCUCCAGCACCACUGGCUAAUAGUGUGCUCUAUGUUGCGAGACCUGGUAUGAGAGUGUGGUCUUCCAAUAAUGAAGGUGAAGUUCAGCAGACUCACAUCAUCAAAGACCUACCAGAUGAUGGACAGAUCCACUUGCUUGAACCAUUCUCGGAGAAACCAAGAAAAGGAGAAUAUUAUUCUUUUGGAAUUCUUAGCGCCAUUAAAUCUUACUUGGUUGCAUAUAACCCACACUGGCUAUUAAUAGCAGAUUUAGAACACUCUAAAAUCUAUAAUUAUUCAGGUCAGUUAGGCCGUAUUACUGAUAUAGCCGUUUCAGAACGAGAGAUAUACGUUCUUGACGGGUCACGGCACAUUACCUGCCUCAGCACAGAGCCUCCAGAUAUUGGAGAAAGGAAACCAAUCAUACCAGGUCCUAGUGCCUUUUUGGAGUCUGAGAAUUUAAAGGAGCUCAAGUUUCGCUUAGUUUCACAGGGCUCUGAUAUUCUUGGUCAGAUAGCUCGUCUCGGGAGUACAGUAGCAGCUAAAGUCACAGAACAUGCAAAGCCCUCCAUAGUGUCUGGGCAGAAUAUAACGAGUCUGUACCAAGAUACUGAAGUUAAGCCAAGUGGGGAAAAUCCUAUGAGUAAAUCAUUCCAUAAAUCCCCAACAUUCACCAAUAUAUCUGAUGGCAGAGAACACGGUCAUCAAAGAUCGUCUUCGUCGGGUCUCAUUUCAGAUCCACAGCAGAGGUCCUAUUCUCCAGGUUUAAUCCCUCCCAGGAUGGUUCAGUCUGUUAGUAAUUUCCUACCAUCAAUCCUUCCAACCCCAUCCCUUGUGAAGACAUUUGGAUUAACACCACCUGUGGAUAAUGUAACAGUGCCUAAGAAACCACCACAGCAGCCAGAGUUUGAAGAAGUAGUUACCAGUGCCCAAAUAGUGGCACAAGAGGGGAGUGACCUGGAACCAUUAGUAAUGCGGGACAAACCCAAGAAAAAAAUAAGGAAAAAGCAUGAAACCUCAUCUCCAAUGAAUGUGGAUAGCAACGCCAAGCACAAACAGGGUGAUUUAAAUGUACUGAACAGUAAUGUCUCGACAUCCUCUUCCCCAUCCUGUGCCACUCCCCAGAGCUCUACCUCUACAGAGAAGAGCAGCCCUGGGAAUGAACUUUUAGAGGAAGUUAGAAGGCAGUUGAAUUGCAAAACAGACGAUGGUUUUCUGUCAGACAGAUCAGAUGUAGCAGAUGAGGGAGGUUAUGGUACAAAAGCAGAGCAUUGUCAGUUUGAAGGUAUCAAUGACUUUGAAGGGUUUGGUCCACAGAAUGUUGACACAAGGACUUAUGAAGACUUUAAAAGUGAUAUAGAGAAAAAGGAAAGUUUACUAGCAGAAAUUCUUGAUCUCAGUUGUUUGAAAAUGGACCAUGAGGCCAAGUCUGUGGACGAGAAAAAAAGUGAUGAGGGAAGUCAUGUCACGUUUGAUAGAGAACACAGUUUGGAGAGUACAGGGUGUUCAACACCAAGUACUUUGAAAGAGCAGAGUCCAUUACCUGAUAGUGCCUCUAAUGACUUUUUAGAACAAUAUUAUCGUAACAAUGCCACUUUUACUUCAUCUGAAAGUGUUGUGGAAGCAACUUCUGAAAAAAAAGAAAGUUCAAAUGAGAGUAACUCAGGCAAUUGCUCUUUGGCAAGUAAUGAUGGAUGUGAACGUCUGGGAAGCAAUUUCAGUGAAGAUCGUUUGAGCUGCUUAAGCUAUGGCCCUCCCUCAGGCAGCAGUUUGGUUUCCCUGCCAGGCAACAGAAUACCGUCCAUUGAGGGGCAAGAUCCGUAUCUGAACGAAUCCAGUGCUAUGUUUAUUGUGACUGACUCUUCGGAGAUUGCCGACAUUAGUUGGUCAUAUUCUUUGGCACAUGAUUCUCAUCAGUAUGACCAAGAGGAAAUGCCUGGUGGCUGGGUCAAACAUAAACUUCCAAGUAAUGUGAUAAGUUUUAGUGUAUCUGAAAAAAUGGUAGCAUUUCUGGACAGUUACGGUUGUCUUUUCUGUAAACAAACCAGCUCCGACAGCAGCUGGAAAAAAUAUAAAUUGGCAGCCAGAGCUACUCACAUAGCACAGUCCCCAAGUGGUUCUGUUAUGUGGGUUCUAUAUGGAACGAAUGCUUACACAGUUCAGAUACCAAGCUUGGAUGCCUUACCAACAGCAAAAAUGACUCUUGCAGCAAGAAAUGUAUUGCAGUUAAGUGUAGAUGAAGAACUUACAUGGUAUAUCAGAGGAGAUUAUCAGGUAUGUGUGUUACCAACUGCAGGAGGUAAAGGACCAAGCAUCGUAUCUUGUGAGGAUUUCCGAUUAAUCAGAGUUGUCAGUUAUGCCAAAGUAGUUUGGGGUCUCACUGACAAAGGGCAGGUUGUAUUCAGAAUUGGUAUGAGUUUGAUCUCCCAGAUUGGUCAUGCUUGGGGUAUGAUGAAGACAUCUUGUGCCUCCUUGAAAGAUGUGGCAUUGGGACCAGGACACUGGGGGUGGAUUGUUGAUGCUGAUGGAAACAUCUUUUUCCGUCUGGGAGUUUGUGCAGAAUAUCCUCAAGGGCGGGAUUUAAAAUGGUGGCAGGUAACUACAAGUGAUUACAUGGUGGAACAGGGUUCAGAAGAUCCAAGUAAUGUAAUGCUUAGAGUUUCUCAUGAAGGACUUUGGUUGACAGAAACUGGUUCAAACUGUGUGUUCUUCCACGAAAAUGAGUGGCAAGGCCAUGUGUGGAAUACAUUCAGCAGUGAUUCAUGGUCUACAAUCUGUGCUGAAGGUCUCUACAUUGACCAUGGUGCUCUAAGUUGUCUUUCUCCUGAUGGAAAGCUUUUUGUUGUCAAUCCAAAAACCAAAAGCUCAGUGCCUUUAGAACUUGUAAAUAAUGAAUGCAUAGCUAGUGUAAGCCAACGACCUGAAGCUAUGUGGGUGGUAACAGCUACUGGAGAUAUAUACAUAAGAGUUGGGUUGUCUGCAAAGUCGCUGUUAGGGACACGAUGGGAACAGCUCGACUUGCACCAGAUCAGUGAUGUCCAUCUGUGCCAUCUGUCAUGUGGCACAGAGGUUGUCUGGGGAGUAGAUACUCGGGGGGGCGUGUACAUGCGUCAGGGCCCACUUACUCCUCCCCCUCUCGAAUCUCUACCACCAGCCUGGAUCCAGGUUGAUGCUACGCCUCUAAAAGGAAAUGCGAUAUUUACAAAGGUAUAUGUGGGGAUGAAAACACACAUGGUGUGGGGACUUGAUUCUAGUCAUCGUGUUUAUGUGAGAGAGGCUAUAUUUCCAGAGAUACCAAUUGGAAUUUCAUGGGUUUUAGUUCCAGGACUAUUGGCUCUUCAGUUAUCCAUUAGUGAAAAUGAAGUUUAUGCAUUGACGAUUAAUGGUGAAAUUUUCAAGCGCACUGGGGUAACCGAAAUCAACUACAUUGGGGACACAUGGGAUAAGAUACCUGGAAAUCUUACUAGAAUUUCAGUUACAACUGACAAUCGCUUGUGGGGUCUCAACAGUAAUGGUCAUAUAUGUAGACAUGAAAAGCUGUUGUCAACGGAAGCGCCCAGCGAAAAAACAGAAACAAUUCACGAUGUGUUUCUUUCAGAUGGAAGUGAGGAAUGGGAAAUGCUGUGAUAUUAUAUUACCUCAUCCCCUGCUUUAAUAUGUACAGUGUAUGCUCCCUGGUACAUAUUAUCAUUGCAAGGUUGGAGGGAUAGGUCUAUUUUAACCACAAAUGUAACGGAAUUAAAGUAAUGAAUGGAACUGCUUUUAGAAAUGAAUGCGGAUUCUAUAUCAAUCUCAUUUGGUUGACCUCAAAGUGGUACAAAAGAAGUCCUUGUUUUUUAAUCAAAGUAAUUAAUUUUGAGCUUAGCUAUAAUGAACUGUACCAUGCGUACGUGUGGACAAGGUUUUAAAAUGGAUGCUUUUAACAGAAUGCCAUACCAUAUACAGGCAGUCCCGAGUUAAGGUGGUCUUGACAUAAGUCGAUCCAAUCUUACAACACUUUUCAAAAUUAUUCAUGGAAAAUUUGCCUCCGAAUUGAGGCGAAAUUCCAAAGUUAAGGUGACAUUAGGCUGGGUACUCUUUUCUGAGCUACUUUAUGUAAAGUAAGUGUCACCAUUCUUCCAGUGUGCAAGCCAACCACAGGAGUAAAGGCCCGACUUUAGUCGCACCUCAGGAACAGCGCUCUGCCGUAACUUGGGGAUUGCCUGUACUUGUUAAUUUUACUUUUGUUGUUUGCGUUUUUUUUUUAAAGGACAACCCGUUUUUAAGCUUGACCUCAUAAUGUAAACUUUUAUAUAUAUACAUAUACAUAUAUAUAUGCAUGUGUGUUGCACAACAUGUCAAGUGGUCUUUGUUAUUAUGUAAAAUACCAUAAUGGCUCAAGUAAAUUUGCUGAUGGCAGUCAGGUUGUUCCUUUUUAUGUCAUGAAUUUCAGAAAGCAUCAUGGAAAUGUAAGUUUAACAAUGCUAAAAUUAAAACAUGCAUUUAUAUACUUUGGGAUGACUUUUCAUUGAUAAUGGCAGUUGAGUGUAUAAAUGAGCAAUUAUGUGAUAUUACCAGACUACCUUGACAUUACGAAAUGGAAGCUUUAAGGAAUGUUGGGAGUCAACAAAGCAAUAUAGUACAGUAUAGAAUUUAUAAAGAUAUAUAUAUAUAUACUAUAUGUUAUGUGUACACUUUUUUAUUUUUCAAUUUAAAAUUCAAUAAAUUGUGCUUAAAUUUCUAUAAACUUGUGAAAAACUUUCAAAUGUUUUCUU